GGGAAAAAGUUGGAAGUGCCUAUCUCGCACAAUGGCAUUGAGAAGCUAGCGCAGCCAGAGGAAUUAGAAGAAAACGACUGCGGAAGCGAAGAUAUGUUCGAAGGGAUUGAGUACGAGAGUGAAGAAGUGAAAAAAGAGGAAGGAUACUAUACGGGAGAUUUGUCGGAAGGUAAGGAAAGGGUCGACUGGGAGGAGAUAUCAAGCCCUGCGAUAUAUCUAACUGCUCUAGAGGAAGUGCCGACAUGGGAAGAAGAAGGAGUAGAGUACACCGACGAAAAACAUAAGAUGGAGUUGGACAACCUAACAAAGGAGGAGCAAGCAGAGGUAAUGAAACUCUUCGGAAAAGAAGGAGAACUAUUCGCGGAAGAAAUGAACGAGCUCACUCAGACCAAC